AUGUCAAACCCAGCUGUCAAUAUCCAGGAUGAACGCUUUCCUGAUACCCAUAGAGGAGUAUACUCGAAAACAAUUUUCGGAUUUUGGGUUUACCUUUUGUCGGACUUUAUGUUGUUUGCGACGCUUUUCGCAGCCUACGCUGUGUUGCGUAACGCAACCUACGGAGGGCCAACAGCCAAAGACCUUUUCAAUAUUCACUAUACGCUGAUACAGACAGUGGUCUUGCUUUGUGCAAGCUUAACUGCAGGAAUGGGGGGCGUAUUCGCCCAUAAACGCCGCAAGAUUCCCACGAUUAUCUGUUUUACUCUCACGUUUAUUGUUGGAUUAGUUUUUAUGGCAAUGGAGUGGGGGGAGUUUACACACUUGAUUGCAAGCGGUAGCGGAUGGCAAAGAAGUGCGUUUUUAUCAUCGUAUUUUACUGUUGUGGGAACACACGGGCUUCAUGUGAUAUUUGCGCUUCUUUGGGUGAUUGUCCUUUUGCCUCCAGUUUUUAAAGAUGGCCUAAAUCCUGUGAAUAUUCGCCGCUUAACGUGCUUAAGAAUGUUUUGGCAAUUUUUAAACGUGGUUUGGAUUUUUAUUUUUACAAUUAUUUAUUUGAUGGGGGUCUAUUAA